AUGACAGAAGUGAAAGGAACUCCCAUCAUUAAAGGUUCACGAACAAUGCAAAUAACUGGCUUAUAUAAAGGAAGGGCAAUUAUUAUAAAAGACUCUUACAGUGUUAUAAAUAAGAAGCUUAAACUAUUUCCUGCUAUGUUUAACUUACAAACAGGACCGAAAGAAAUAUUUCCAUACAACUACUACAGCAGUGUUUUGUUAGCAAAUGACAACAGAACUGGUGUCAUUUCUGAAGCAUGUAAGUUUAUCCGGGAUGCAGAUACAUUCAUGAAAAACAUAGAUUCCAUCAAAGGUUGCAGAAUAGAUGAAAACCACUUCGACUUAGAAAAGUAUAGCACAUUUUAUUGCAAACAAGAUGUAAGAAUUUUAAGAGAAGGUUUUGUUAAGUUCCGCAAUGACAUAUUGAAAGAAUUUGAUUUAAACGUUUAUGACUACGUUAGUAUUUGUUCUAUUGCUAACAAAUUGUUUGAGAACAGAGUGUACUUCCCGAAUGGAAAUUUAUAUGACCUCUCAAAUAAACCAAGAGAAUUUAUUUCACGCUGUAUUCAAGGUGGAAGAUGUAUGCUGGCAGAUAACAUUAAACAAAAGAGCGAAAAGAAACUCAUUGCUGACUUCGACGCUGUUUCAUUAUAUCCAUCAGCUAUAGCAAGACUUUAUACUUUAGAAGGUAUUCCAAAGGUUAUGAAGAAAGAAAUGUUAAGCACAGAGUAUCUCAUGAGACAUUUAUUCGAUGACGACCAAAAGGAACCCAUUGGUGAAAAGUUUAUGUCCGGCUUCUUUGUUCUCAUUAAGAUAACAGAGAUUGGAAUACAUAGACACUUUCCUUUAAUAGUUUGUGACCCUGAACUAAAUCCAGAACUUAACGUUCCCAGAAGUUCAAACACUUGCUGUUUAAUGUAUGUUGACUAUAUAACAUUACAAGACCUCAUAAAAUAUCAAGGUGUCAAAUGUGAAGUGUUGCAAGGAUACUAUUACGAUGGAAACAGAGAUAUUAGAAUAAGAGAUGAAGUAAAGAAGUUGUUUGA